AUGGCUGACACCGAAAAUCACGCGCGACUUCGAAAAGCUAUGAACCCAGCAUUUUCACCCCGUGCACUGGCAUCACAAGAACCCAUACUGCAGCAAAAUGUGGAACUAUUCCUGAAUAAACUGCAAGAUCAUGCUACCAAUGGUCUACAAUUAGAUCCGAGGCUCUGGUACAAUUAUAUAACUUUCGAUAUGAUCGGCGAUCUUGCUUUCGGCGAAUCUUUCGGCUGUUUGGAUUCAUCCGGAUUUCAUGCAUGGGUUCAGUUCGUAGUGGAUUAUUUUUAUGUGGCCACCUUACUUCAAGUUGUCCACAGAUUUAGCCCUCUAAAUAAGCUUCUUGCGGAUUUGAUACCUUCAUCAAUGAUGGAGCAGAAAAAGAAACACGCUGAAAUGACCGCUGAAAUGGUCAAGCGACGCAUGAAGCGGAGGACAGACAGUUUGGAUUUUAUUCACCCAUUAAUUGAAGCAAGAGACAGUGGCGCAAUUGCUACCGAUGAAAUUGAGCAGCAGGCUAGCAUCUUGAUACUGGCGGGAGGAGAAACAACUUCGAUAGCUUUGACAUCAGCUACCUACCUGCUACUACAGAACCCCGAGAAAAUGAAGAAUCUGGCCAAGGAGCUACAUACUCAUUUCCAACACGAAAGCGAAAUAGAUGUCUCGUCUAUAAACAAGUUGGUUUAUCUCCAAGCCGUGAUCCAAGAGACCCUUAGAAUGUUCCCCCCAAUUACAAACGGGUUUCCUCGGCAGACUAUUAUCGGCGGAGUCCAAAUUGAUGGCCACGUUGUACCUGACCAGGUAUGA